GUACUGUAGCUAACCUAUGAAAACACUUUCCAGUUCAAAUGUUGUUCAAAUCAUUGGAAUAAACUGCCAUGUUGUGACACAAUCUGAAUCUCUGCACUAACUCUAACACAGCUGUCAAGAUCUGACAAAGACCCUGGGGGCUGGCUUUGCAGCACAUUCACUUUCUUAAAAAGUGUUCACAAACAGUCCUUCAAACCACUUCACCUUCCAUCACCACAGUUUACAGACUGGAUAGCAGUUGAAAAGCUGAGACGUGGCAGAAAACCUUGUGAGUCUUCUAGAGAAAAAAUGACUACCAACAACUCUGUGGAACCAACAGGAUUAAACACCUCUGAAACCAACCAGACGUGUGACUUUUUUGUGUACCAGAAUGUUGCUGUGAUCAUUUUCCCCAUUUUCUAUGCAGUUGUGUUCCUAAUCAGUGUCUGUGGAAACAGUCUGGUCCUGUAUGUGUCAUGUCAGAAGAAGCAGAAGUUCAACUCCACAUCUCUUUAUCUGGUCAACCUGGCAGUGUCUGAUGCACUGUUCACAUUGGCACUGCCAGGGCGAAUAAUUUACUACAUCAGACAGUUUGACUGGCCCUUUGGGGAUCUUCUCUGCAGGCUGGCUACUAUGCUGUUCUUCGCAAACACAUACACAGGAAUUGCCUUCAUGACAUGUAUCAGCAUAGACAGGUAUCUGGCCAUGGUCCAACCCCACCGUCUACAGUACCUGCGGAGCGUCAAGGUUGUCCGAGGGGUUUGCUUUAUCGUCUGGCUACUGGUGUCCUUAGAAACCAUCCCCCUGCUCUUCAAAACCAUGCUCCAUGAGCACAAAGGUCGUCGUACCUGCAUGGAGUACUUUACUUUUGAGGGUUCUCGUGCCACCCCUUACCUUCUCCUUUUGGCCUGUAUAUUCUCCUUCUGUCUCCCCCUGCUGGUCAUUCUCAGUUGUUACACCCAUAUCAAUCUCAAACUGAGCCGCACGGCCAAACAGAACCCGCUGACAGGCCGCUUGGGCCGGAGCCGAAGAGCCAACAACAUGAUCCUCAUCAUUCUCGUCACCUUUGUCCUGUGCUUCAGUCCCUACCACCUUAACAUCAUGCAAUUCAUGAUUAAGAAGUUGCUGGGUAAGCCCACGUGUGACGAGCUGCGGGCAUUCAAGUAUUCCCUACAGGGUACUGUUUCCAUGAUGAAUCUUAACUGUUGUCUGGACCCUGUCAUCUACUUCUUUGCCAUUAAGAUGUACAAGCAGAGGGUGAUGAGUCUAUUCAAAGCCUACCAAUCCACCUCUGUCCUCCCGUCCAAAUCCACCAAAGAUAGCAGCAGCAACACAUCAACAUCAACACCUAAGCGACAGCAGUAGGAAGAAACUGGUAUUUCUUUAACAAACCAGAAAAUCAAAUAAGCACUUACAGUUAGGGAUUGCACCUGAUAUAUUUUUGCAUCUAUGAUUUCAUUUGAAAUGUGUACAGUCGUGGCUAAAUGUUUUGAGAUUUACACAAAUAUAAAUUUUCACAAUGUCUGCUGCUUCAGUGUCUUUAUAUAUCAUUGUUACUUUGGUAUAAUUACAAUAAUAAUUACAUAAUACUAAUAACUGUAUAAUUACAAGCAUUUCAUAUGUGUCAAAGGCUUUUAUUGUGAAUAUUUGCAGUGUUGACCGUUCAUUUUCAAGACCUCUGCAUCCGCCCUGGCAUGCUGUCAAUUAACUUCUGGGCCACAUCCUGACUGAUGGCAGCCCAUUCUUGCAUAAUCAAUGCUUGGAGUUUGUCAGAAUUUGUGGGUUUUUGUUUGUCCACCCACCUCUUGAGGAUUGACCACAAGUUCUGCCCUGGAGCCGCGGUCGGUUCACCGGCACCAGCUCCCCCUGCUGCCCAGAGUUCGCUACUGCUGCCCGAGCCCGCCAAGGACUGGCCGCCCCGUCCUGCGCCGGCUCUCCCGGUUCCUGGCCCUCUGCUGGCUGUCCCUGCUCCUGGCCCUCCUCUGCCUGCUCCGGCUCCUGGUUCUCCGCAGGUCCCUGGUCGGUGCGCCACGAGGGGGCUUCCGCCUGUUCCUGUCCCUGGUCCCUGUCCCGAGGCGAAGCUCCCCCUGCCCUCCCUCCCCUUUGUUUGUUUUGGCGCGUCUGUGUGUCCGGUCCUUUGAGCGGGGGGGGGGAAUACUGUAACGGUCCCAACCUGAGGGGGCCGUUCUGCUCCGUGUUUUCUGUUUGUCCUUGGCUUGUCUUGUCCUUGUAUGGUCUUCCUGUUCUAGUUUCAGUUAAGCAGUCUAUUCCUUUCACCUGUGUUUAGCCCCCACCUGUUUCUGUUCACCUUGUUAGUCUGUGUAUUUAGUUCAGCCAUUUUUUCCUGUCAUUGUCGGUCAUUGUGCGUCAUGUUUCGGUGUUCCUGACUCCUGAGAGUGUUUAGUAGUGCUCGGCACUCUGUUUGUUUUCAUUAAAAGACGCCUCAAAUCACUGCGCCUGCCUCCGUCUCCCUCCUUUGAAAUGUGACAACUUGUUCGAGACGUUUCAGGGAAGUUAUUUUAGUUAAGCACUACUUGCAAAAUUGAUGUUAUUUUGUUGAUGUAUUUUA